UCGCCUGCGGUUAACUGGGACCUGGAUCCUUACAAAAUCUUUGUAAAGCCGCUGCCCGAGGCUAUGAAAGAGUGCGAUCUGCAUUCCUAUUUCUCACAAUUUGGCCUUAUCACCGAAGUUAUCGGGCCCAUUGAGAAGAAAGGCACGGCUUCUGUUCGCUGUGGGUUCAUAACUUUCCUCGAAACCCACUCUGUUAGACGUGUGCUUGAGGCCCAGCCACUUCUGUUAGACGAGAAUCACUUAAUUGCCCGCUUGGCAAGAAAAAAACCUCUGGACGACAAUGGGUAA